AUUGUAGAUAAAUGUAAAAAGUUUAUAAAAUAAGUUCCUAAAUAAUACAAUAUCUUCCGGUUAACUAAAUGUUCACAUAUAUGCGGAGUGCUUCAAGUUGAUGUUACAUUUCAUCUCAAUUUAGGACAAAGGGGUUGGUAAAUAAAUAACCUCAAUAAACUAAGACGGCACGAGAGAGACAGAAGACAGAUAAUUAAAUUCCUAUUAUCCGCGGCAUAUCCGCGGCACGUUAUGGAGAGAUGGUUGCUUAUCAUCAUGAUAUAAACAGGUGUAUCAUCAGCGCGCGCGGCACACAUUGAGCAUCUCGACCUUUCUCAUGACAAACCACACACGGUACAGUGAGCUUCCGCGAGCCGGCCGCUGCAGUUUUCGACACGAGUAACAGACGUCGGCUGACAGUUGACAAGUCCUUACGCAAAUUAACCGCGAGAAUCCCAACGGAUUCGCGUGAAUUGGGCGAGUCAACGUCUUUCGUCAGUGUGACGGCGUAAAGUGGACGAGACGAGCGAGAAGAUCAGUCGAAUAUAAAACGAGAUACGCACGCAGUGGUAACUCUCUCCCGAUACCUCGUUGCGCGAACGGACUGUUCUGAGGGUCGGAAGAAGCGCAGCUGCGAGAAGAAAACUCACUCGGCGGACAAUAAUCCAAGAAAGCGCCAUGGAAACGCACAGAAAUGAUAACAUCGACCGAAUCCAGAAGUUGAUGAUUGACAGACUGGAAUCAGAAUCCAAGCGUUGCGAUCACGGAAAUAUAUUGAGACCAGGCUGGUGUCCCGAGAUUUGGGACAAGAUACUAUGUUGGAACUCGACAGCACCUGGACAACUAGCUGUUCAGCAAUGCCCCUCUUACAUCGUGGGUUUCGACGCUCAUGCAUUCACUUCGAAGCAAUGCAUGCCGAACGGCGAAUGGUACUGGAACGCCGAAACCCAUAACACAUGGACCAACUAUACCCAGUGCUAUCGAGAUUCGCUGGUCACCGUCCUGAUGAACAUGUCAGACGCGCAGGCAAACAACGCUACUCUCAUUAAGAAAUUCUUCCCGAUCGUCAAGACCAUCUCGAAACUCGGCUACUCAAUCUCGCUGUUCACUCUCAUCAUUGCAUUUUGCAUUUUGGCCGCCAUUAAUUUGUCUCCCGUCGGACGUAGGAAAUUGCGAUGCCCACGGAAUAUAUUGCACAUGCACCUGUUCGUCUCAUUCGUGAUGCGAGCAUUCAUGGCGCUACUGAAAGACGUACUCUUCGUGUCCGGCAUCGGACUGGCGGAAGCCGUGAUCAAAGUCAACGAGGGUUACUGGCUGCUCGACGAGAAGGAGAGCAAUUGGCAAUGUAAGACGUUCACCAGUCUGUGGCAAUACUUUAUCCUGGCAAACUACUCUUGGAUCCUGAUGGAAGGUAUAUAUCUGCACAACCUGGUCUUCCUGGCGCUUUUCACCGAUUCCAAUUCUAGCAUCACAGGCUACGUCGUUUUCGGAUGGGGUUUGCCAGCUAUAUUUAUCUUACCCUGGGUAGUUACGAGGAUCAUAUUCCAGGAUAACUAUUGCUGGACGACCAACGAGAACUCUCUCUUGUUCCUCUUCAUACGGGUGCCCACGAUACUCUCUAUUUUGAUAAAUUUCGUGCUUUUCAUCAACAUCGUAAGAGUGCUGCUGGUGAAACUCAAGUCUACCAUGUCGGAAGAAACGGAAAGAUACAAGCGAUGGACUAGAAGCACAUUAGUUCUGGUGCCGCUCUUUGGAGUUCACUACGCGUUCUUUAUUGGGAUGUCGUAUAGCAUCGGCGUAAAUGAGACCGUAGAAGUCGUAUGGCUCUUCUGCGACCAGUUGUUCGCAUCUUUCCAGGGCUUUUUCGUGGCGGUGCUGUAUUGCUUCCUGAACGGCGAGGUGAGAACCGAAGUAUCGAGUACACUUCGUGGUAUCAAAUGGAUACACCGCGGGAUUCGAUGGGGCCAGAGACCGUCGACGCAUUCGGUCAGCACGUGCAGUUGCAACAAUGUCGCAAAAUCCAGUCGUCGGCACUCGAGAAGGCCUAGAUGGUGGAAGUCGCGCUGGAAGGCGCCCUCUUAUUUUUUCCAGGAUCGUGCCAUUCGUCGAUCCACCCACUCGAUGGCGAGUACACAAGAUGUUGGAACGAGAGGAGGUAGUUUAGCGAGCAGCCAUGGCUACUUAGAAAUUGCUGGUAACGGCCAGCUGCCGACGCAACCAACGACGCAGACUCAUCAUGCUAAUCAUACAUCACUCAUGUGCAGCAAGUACACGGAUCAAUCGCUGCUCUCUUUCUGCUCGAUGUCGGAUGCGUCGGGGCCGAACGACAAAAUCCGUGACCAGCAUCGAUGGAGCGACUCCGAGUGCUGUCACCUCGCAUACGAGUUGCACAAUCUACAUCAGCACCGCGGACACCCGUGAUAACAUCCGUAUUUCAUGAUAAAAAGGAAAAAGAACGCAUGUUGCUUCUCCCAUAAACGUUCAACGCGCAUUUAAACGAACCAUCGUCCAAAAAGAAAGGGGGGAUUUCUAAAUCCUGCUAUAAAUUCUCGAAGAAGCAAAAAAAUAGAGAAGGAUAAAACAAGUUUAUUCUUUCGUUCAUUUUCUUGCUCCGUCGCGACUUUGCAAAACGGAGAGACUGAGUUUUUUUCUUUUAGCUCUAUUAUAUCUUUUUUAGGGAUAUUGUGUCAUUUGCGCAGUUGUCCAUAUCGUAUAGAUCUUAAUUCGUGCAAGUUUAUGUGUAGGAUAAUGUACAGAUAAUGUUUUUAUAUUUUAGUAUUUUUAGGGAUUUGUUGGAAUUUCCGAUGAUCUCUCGUCGACGUACCUCGGUGUUUCGAAACGCGAUGCGCCAUCCGUCACUUAUACCUAUAAAACUCAGUUCCACGAAAAAUGCUAAACUCGGCACACGUUAUAGUAUAAAUAAAUGAAAGCUGCUUGAACUUUGAUAUAGCCAUAUCGUCGCGCAUCACAAGCCUGUUAUCAGCAAUUAUAUUAGAAACUAUGUUGUACUGCAAACAUCACGUAAACAUUAAGACUUAAGACGCUUUUGCAGGUGCUUAAUUUAAAUACUAUGAAAGUUACUCUAUUUUUACAUAUGGCGGAAUAGACUCAGGAUAUCACAAUAAUUUCCUUCGUUCAUUAUUUAUCGUUAAUAUCGCGAUAAAAGAGUAUACGUACAUCGCUAUUUUUUAAGCGCGCAACAAUAUAGAAAAUCUUGGUCGACAAAUUCUAGUUUUCAAGACUACUAAAUAUAUUUAAAAAUAAUAUCUAUAUGAGAUAAUCAAUGUUUGCAAAUUUCUGAGGAAAGCAUUGAUAGCGCUGCCUAUCGUGAAGAGCGUUAUCAAUUUUAAGAUAAGAACGUUUUACUCCAAAAAUAAACGUUCGGUAAAACAUUUUACCUCGUAAGCUCUCUCACUACGUGUAUGUAAAUGUGUAUAUAUUUGUAUCAAGAUCGGAUAUGCAAAUAUUUGAUGUAUCACUUACACAAAUCAAUUUAAUGUAUAAAUUAUGAUACAUCGAUGUAAAAAGAGGAUGAAUAUAAUAAAUCUUUUAUUAUCCAA